CUGUCAGUUUGGAAUCCGAUUGGCUGUCGAGUGUACGAGUCGCUGUCCUGUCAGCAAACUGAGAUCCAAUAGAACUUCACAAGAGAAAGCGGCCGCCUUAACGUACUAGUGUGAUUGGAUGAAUGGAUUUAAUGGCCGGAAUUGUUCUGGAAAGCUGAAAAUACAUGUGGUCCAAGUCAAGUACUGGGAGCAGGUUCUUGAUCCACAAUAUGGGAUGUAUGUUUGGCCCUGUGCGGUGGUACUGUCACAGUAUGUGUGGAUGGCAAGAAGUGAACUACAACACAAGACCGUUCUUGAGCUCGGUGCUGGAGUGAGUUUGCCUGGUGUGGUGGCUGCCAAGUGUGGAGCUCGUGUGAUUUUGUCAGACAGUGCUGAGCUCCCCCUCUGCCUGAGGAACUGCAGGCGCUCCUGUGACGUCAACCACCUCCCCAACGUACCUGUGAUCGGACUCACCUGGGGACAGGUAUCACCAGAGCUCCUCUCGCUGCCACCUGUGGAUGUUAUCUUGGGAUCAGAUGUAUUCUAUGAACCUGAGGAUUUUGAAGAUGUGCUUGUGACCGUCUCCUUUAUUGUGAGGAGAAACCCUCAUGCUCAGCUCUGGACUACCUACCAGGAGAGAAGUGCGGACUGGUCCAUAGAUGCCUUGUUACAUAAGUGGGAUCUGAAGUGCAUUAAUGUUCCAUUAGAAACAUUCGAUGCAAACAAAAACCAUCUCGCUGGAUCAACGCUUCCAGGGAAUCAUACUGUACAAAUGAUGAUUAUAACAAGACAAGUGUUUUAAUACAUGUGUUUGAAUUUCAUAAACUUGUAUAUAAUCUGAAAAUCUUUUUCCAAUUCUUUCCAACUCCA